UCUGAAGUUCAGAAUUUAGAGAACUUUACCUCUAAUGCUGUUGCUGUAAUUGCUUCAAGGUCUUUGACCUUUUUUGUUGGGUCAAACACCCAUAAACCCAUUAACCUUCUUCCAUAUUUUUUUCGUCUUAUUGCUGGUCCCCCCCAAAAACCAACCAUACGAUUUCCCCCGAGCUCCCCGAAUUCCCCCGCCCCCUCAGCAACCCCCCGCUACCGUGGUCCACCUGACGCAGCCUACCCCCCGCUUUCCGAGCUGGCGUGGCGAGGCAAACUCACAAAUAUUUACUUCCUGUACAUCAAAAGGAAAGGGGGGCCCCCUUUCGUGGAAUGUGGCAACAUGGGUGUGUUUGACCGCGGAGUUCAGAUGCUGCUGACCACAGUGGGGGCCUUUGCUGCCUUCAGCCUCAUGACUAUUGCUGUGGGGACAGACUACUGGCUGUACUCGCGUGGCGUCUGCAAGAUAAAGAGCACCAAUGAGAAUGAGACAAGCAAGAAGAACGAGGAGGUAAUGACGCACUCAGGCCUCUGGAGGACCUGCUGCCUAGAAGGUUCUUUUAAGGGCAUGUGUAAACAGAUAGACCACUUCCCUGAGGACGCUGACUAUGAGGCAGAUGCUUCAGAAUACUUUCUUCGUGCAGUACGAGCCUCCAGCAUCUUCCCAAUCCUGAGUGUUAUCCUUCUAUUCAUGGGGGGGCUCUGUAUCGCCGCCAGUGAAUUCUACAAGUCACGCCACAACAUCAUCCUCAGCGCUGGCAUUCUGUUCGUCUCUGCAGGCCUGAGCAACAUUAUAGGAAUCAUUGUAUAUAUAUCAGCCAACGCUGGUGACCCCUCAAAGAGUGACUCCAAGAAGAACAGCUACUCAUACGGCUGGUCCUUUUACUUUGGUGCCCUCUCUUUCAUCAUGGCUGAAAUGGUGGGUGUGCUAGCAGUACACAUGUUUAUUGACCGCCACCGGGAGCUGCGAGUUGGUGCACGUGCUGCAGACUACCUCCAAGGUGCUGCCAUCACACGAAUCCCGAGCUACCGUUAUCGCUAUAGACGCCGCUCGCGUUCCUCAUCCCGUUCCACGGAUCCCUCACACUCUCGUGAGGCAUCACCAGUGGGCCUGAAGGCCUUCGGGACACUGCCUUCCACCGAGCUGUCUAUGUACACGUUGCCCAAGGGCCAGACGGGCACCCCUACAGCAACGUAUAACUCUACGGAAAGGGACCACAACUUCCUACAGGUCCACAACUGCGUACAGAAGGACCUCAAAGACUCGGCAGCCAAUCGGCGCACUACGCCUGUAUGAAAAUGAAGACAAAGCGUGGAUUCUAGGGUAGAGUAGCAAAUGAAAAAGGUUUUAGUAAAGAAGGAGGAAGGAGCUGAGAGGUGGAGAUGAGAGAAUAGACUGGCAAGUAAGGGGGGAAGGAGGGGGGCUGAGUUUCUGAGUUCUUCAAAAGACCUCAGAUAAUCUUUAAGCUUUUGGUUAAAAGAAAAACAAGACAAAAAGAAAAGAAGUAAAAAUGCAUAAAAAAGAAACAUGCAUGAUUUUCCCAUGAACAAUGUUUAACAUGUUUUAAACAUGUUUGAGGGGGGUGAUAAAUCAGGAGGGGGGUGUCUGGGGUCUGUGGCUGUCUCAGGGCUAUGGAUCCAUGGCGUGGUAGGCUGGGCCAGGCUGCCUUUUCAAAGGUGAUUUUGUUUUAUGUUAAUUUUCUUCCUAAUCUAAAUAAACUGGGUGCACAGUUUGCCCGUUUGGCCCAGCCUAUGAAACUGCCCUUGCACUGUCAUACCAUAAGCCCUCUUACGCACACGCACACACAACGUGAACUCCCAUACACCCCGCUCCUUCGUUUACUUGCUGUUUCCUCUUGAUUUCAUUCUUUAAUCGCAUUAAACUGUGAACCACUGCGGUGUGGGAUUAAAGCAGGGAGCAAUUCUGACCGCAAAAAAAGGUAAAAUAACCUAAGUUACUAUAUGUACCGAUUAUAUAUAUAUAUUCAUAUAUAUAUGUUACUAUAUCAUGACUAGCCUUCCCUGGUGCAAAAAAUAUCCACAAGAAGAAAAAAAAGUAAAGUAACUCAGUUACUGUUGUAAAACUACAGUCAUCAUGCAAACUGAAACCAAGAUGGAGGAUUCAGCAUGACUGGCUCAUCCUUUGGACAUCUGCCUAUACAAUAGAAAUUGGUUAGUGUUAGACACAUUAUCACAUUUUUUUAUGACAAAAUGAAAAAACAACCAAAAAAAAACAUUUUGGAAGUCCACCAAAAGAAAAAAACACAAAAAAAACUGGCAGCCAUAUUUGUUCGAGGUUAACAUGUGAAAUGUUGACCUUUUUUUGUUGUUGUUUUUUUUUCUUUUUUAUUUAUUUAUGUAUCUAUUUAUUCAUUUAUUUUUGACCCCUCUAAGGGGUAGAGAGGAAAAGAGCUGUGGGCAAGGAAUACAUUUCUCUGCAAACUUGAAGACGACUGUGGACAAUGAAACGCCACUACUGCCAAAGACACAAGGUAGUGCGUGAGAGAACACAGCUACCAGCAAGCUGAAGUGAAGUGACUCUAGAAAAAUGAAGUAUCAAUUUACAUGCAUGCUGAUCAAAAUCAUUAAAUCUGCUUUUAAGGAAACCUAUCUUUUUUGAACAAUUAGACAAUGGUACGAUGUAAGGGCAGCCAAAAAAUAGAAAUAACUGUUACAGUACUGUGUCUCUUCCAUUUUUCUUCCUGUUUGUUGGGUAGGGGGGGUCAGGGGUUUGGAGAGGGGAAUUAUAUUUGCUUGGAACUAAAACAGAACUUUGGAAAUGUAUCAAGGCUAUUUUUUAAGAGAAGAAAACCUUGCCUUUUCAUUUCAUUUUGUUUUCAAAGUUAAGUUUAACUCAAAUACAGCCUUAUCUUUAUCUUGGUUCUCUUGCUUCUUUGGUUCAACAUGUGUUGUUGUAAAUGAGAAUAUAUAUUUAAAAAUAGUCUAAUAUCUUUCAGGGUGCCAAAACUGAAUGAUUCUGAACUUGGAUGCUUCAAGUCCUGAUGACUAAUAAAAAAUCCAUCCCUCCCCUGUAA